AUCAUGGCGUGUUCUGCUGUAAAGCUGCGUAGUCACGAUUGAGCCCGCUACCGUUAAGUUCAUCUUGGAGACGUACUACUACCUGUGGGAUGAACAUUCACAAUGACCACAUCGAAAGGUGUUGUCGCAAAGGCUAGUCAGAAGCCCGACUCCUUCGGCUCUAUCAACGAGCGAACGGUGGACGAUAUAUCCUUGGAUUUCUUCUACAAACCUCACACAAUUACGCUGCUAACAGUGUCUAUCGUUGUGCUGUUGUACUUCGCCUUCACACGAGAUGAUGCAAAUCUGGAACAGAAUAUGUGGAGUGGCAUAUGCUGCGUAGCAUUUUUCUUUCUCAUCAUCAGCGUGCUCGCCUUCCCAAAUGGGCCCUUCACACGACCACACCCGGCUGUGUGGAGGAUAGUAUUUGGCCUAAGUGUGCUCUACCUUAUGGCUCUACUAUUCCUGCUUUUCCAAAACUACACCACAAUCAAGAAUGUCAUGUACUGGUUCUACCCGAAGCUGCAAAACUUCUCGAUAGACUUGGAAAAGGAGUAUGGUGUCAACUGCUCCGACAUUACGCUGGAGAAGUUGUGGGCCCACAUGGAUGUGUUUGCCUUUGGACACUUCUUUGGCUGGGCCAUGAAGGCUAUGCUGGUGCGGCAUUACGGCAUUUGCUGGACGAUAAGUGUCACUUGGGAGAUCACUGAGAUGGCUUUCGCGCACCUGCUGCCCAACUUCAAGGAGUGCUGGUGGGAUGCCAUUGUGCUGGAUGUGCUUCUGUGCAACGGUUUGGGCAUCUGGUUUGGCAUGCGCAUCUGUGAGAAGCUUGAGAUGCGCAGCUACAAGUGGGAAAGCAUCAAAGACAUCCAAACGACAACGGGAAAGAUUCGAAGAGCACUGCUGCAGUUUACUCCUGCAAGCUGGACACAUGUACGGUGGAUGGACCCUGCCUGCACCUACAUGCGAUUCCUGGCCGUCACGGAGCUAGUCAUUUUCUGGCAGGUAACAGAGUUGAACACAUUCUUCUUGAAGCACAUUUUCGAGGUGCCCCCGGACCACCCACUCAGUGUUGCAAGGUUAAUGCUCAUCGGCAUCAUUGUAGCUCCGACACUGAGGCAGUACUACAGCUACGUGACGGACACAAGGUGCCGACGAGUGGGAACACAAUGCUGGGUAUUUGGUGCGAUCAUGCUAACGGAGGCCAUAAUCUGCAUAAAGUUUGGAUUGGAGCUUUUUGCUCAAACACAGAUAGUGAACAUUCUCCUCUGGGUGUUUCUUCAGUUUGUUAUGAGCGUUGCUUGCGUCUAUGGAUGUGUUCUUUACGCACACUAUCGAGGAAAGUACCACGACGGUGAAGAGGUUGCGGCAAUGGACACUUUCACACAGCCAUGUGACAGCAGUUCUACUGAUGCAACAACACCCGCGCCCGCGGCCGGCGAUGGCGUGUUCAAACCAGCAUUGCCCAGUGAACACACCGUGCAACGACGCAGGCAAAAGCACGUAAAUGGAUCCCUGUAAAGCCAGUGACCUCUGAAUGGCCAGCCUGACAUUGCCUUUCAUGGCACUUGUCCUUUUAUAACCAAAGAGAAUGCGCACCCAACGCACACUGCUGAGACAGCUGAUCAGCAAGACUCGUUUGAACUGCUCAACUCGACCUCAGACACUGUGCUUGAGAACUGCGACGGUUAUAGGCUUUAUUUUUUCCUGUUGAGACAGAUGUGCUUGCAGUAGGUGUGGGAAGCGACUGUUAAGGUGGCAAGAACUGGAGUGGACCAGUGUGUGGGUAGUGGAUAUGACCAUGCCCACUCAAGUAGAAAAGUAAGGAAGUCUAAGCCUUCUCUAAAUGGGCUAAAGAGGCAAAAAGCAUGAAAGUGUUCUCAUCGCACUUUAGCAAAACAAGAGCAUGUUGUAUGGCAGCCCUGUAAUAUAGCAUCGUAACGAUGAGUCAAGCUAGAGAAGCUUUACCCAUGUAGAAUAGUCGUCUUAUCUUUUUGUUAUUGUUGCACUUUUACAGUUUUUGCACGCAGGAGAGUGAACAUUUCUACUAUCUUUGCUCUCCGUGUACAGUUUGAACUUCUACAUAUUCGUCAGUCACCAUAAAGUGAUCGACAUUGGCAAUGUAGAAAAUGUGUGUUCAGGUGUGUUGUUGCUAGAUCAUUUGUGAUUAGCGUAAUCAUCAAAGUGCGUUUUCUGCUUGUGGUGUAGUGGAGCACAUAUCACAUGCUGUGUGGUAGUGCACCUUGGAGAAGGAAGGAAACAUCCAGAAAUGGUGACAUUCCAUUGAGGAUAUCAGUUGCAUUUGGGGUGGAAAGAGGAGAGAAGUCAUAGGAGCUGCAUAAACAAACUCUUUUUAGAAACUGAAACUAGCUGACCUGCUUGGAUGUGAUGUAUAUUCUUAGGUAAGCUGCUCACUCAGAUGAACCACUUUGCUGAAUAUACCUUCAACACCUCACAUACGCUACGAAGUGGCAUUCUUCACCAAGCCCCCCCCGUGAGCUUUCUCGCUAAACGAAGUUAUCAUGUUUUGAUUGACUGCAGUUAAGCUAAAUGGGAUUUUAGCUGCCUGGUUUCACUCGUGGAAUGUUACUCUAUGGCAAAGGAUUCUGUCGAUUAGCAUAAACACACUUAUUCGAAGGUAUAUAUACCUAUACUUAUAGAAAAACAAGCAACACACAAAAAUAAACAAUAGUGGAUUCUCCAGUUGGUGUUUUGCUGCUCUGAAGUCGAACCUGGUUCCUGAACCAUGAAACCCUAACAAGAACUCUCUCUCUCCAGAAAAAAAGCAAUUGUAGAAAACAUACAAUACAGCUUGGUUGAGAUAACUGGCACCGGGGCAGGGCUCGAUGUUCAUUGAAGUACCAUGAAGUUGUCAGUCAGGAAAUGGUUCACUACAAAUAGCUUGCCGAGAGAUGGCAAAUCUGUGAUUUUGGGACACUUUAUGGCACGAACAUGCCCAAGUUCCCAGAGACCUGUGCCAAAGCUUGGUAUUUCUGGUAUUUCUUUUAAUUACAUGUUACUUGAAAUGGGUCGUAGUAGCAUGCAGACCUUAACAAGCAACCUUAUAUCCUGGAUGGCUGUGAUUUAGUAACAUCAGCUUUAGUAAUCAAGUAAUUUAACUUUUCUGAAAUGUGAAACAGAUUUCAAGUGAAUAUGUGCAGGCUUCUCAUAUUGCCAGAUUAAGAAAACAGUGUGCGCACCACUCUAAGUAAAUUCUGAACAGCAAGUUGAACCACAUACAAAGGCCCACUGAAAUAGGUAUAGGCGAAGUAGUGCAUACAAAUAAUGAUUUCAACAUACCGCGCAAGAAGAAAUGUUGUGAGAUAAGAUGGGUGUGUGGUUGUGCUGCUUUUAAUAUUGUCUCGUGGAUGUUGUUUCAAGACCGCUGUCAGUAAUGAUUUACACACAAUUUUGCAUGACAUGGCUUUGUUUGUAGCUUAUGUAUGGGUCUACCGUUGCCCCAUAUGUUUUUCUUUGGAACACAGGUGUCCUUGUAGAUAAAGAAAAUGAAAAAAAAAAAGAACAAUUCAGUGCCAUUUUUCAAAUCGUUUGGUGUACUGAUUAUGACGGGAACAUGGAAUGUUCACAAGUAGGUUUUUGUGCGUGCUAUUGCUUUAAAAAGGAGGUUCCGAGCUUGAAAUGGCUUGUAGGGCUCCUUUACAAAAUGGAGCUCGGUUGCGACUUGCCCCUGAUGUCCACAGAAGCUCUAACAUGCAACCGAUCUUGAGAAUUAGGAAUGUGCUCAAGUUCCCACCUUGUUUCUUAUAUUUCUGUUCCACCUCUGUGGUCAGUACCUUGGCAAAGCAGCAGUCCCAUUUGAAUUUCAAGACAGGUUUCUGCACACAGAAUUCACCCUACAAAGAAGUCGACUGAGAAAUAACAAAGCUUCGCUGCCAUGCCUGUGCUUUCCUCCUGUUAAUUCUUGUCAUGUAAGAGUUCUGGCUUUGAGCACAGACUUGCCAGCAGAAAUCAGUUGUCCAUUUACACACAUGUGCAGCUUGUUUGCUGAAAAUUCUUGCUCCCAUGCCACAUCAUCGCCGGGGUGGUAUGUCGCUUUUGAAAAUGUUGCAAAACGUGUUGAUAUUUGGCAUCAGUGACUAAAUACAUAAUCAGAUGUGGUAAAUUUCACUUGCUAGAAUAUGAGGAAGCGCUACAGGUACCCUGAUGUAGCACUGACUGCCUGCUAAAAUACUUUUGUUGUGUUUGCGUCAUUACCACUUGGUGUCUCAGUAUAGCUGCUCUGGCCGUGAUAACACCUCGUUGGUCAACUCAUGCGCACACUGUCACUUGCGAUAUGCUUGUCAUGAAACCUUUACAUUUUUUAGUUUCGCAGAAUAAUUUAUGCCUGGUCAGAUCUAAUAGUGUCUUUCAUAUUUUAAAGAGCUGAACAGCAGUGCCGCUCUCUAGAAUCUAUGUGGAGUUCUCAAAGAAUCUGACCGCUGUUCAUGCUUUUAACACUAGUUUUGUUCGUUUCUUUCGUCAUUUGAAUGUUUAAGAAAGGAAAAUGAUGCAGGCUUUUUCUUUUUAAAAAAGAACAAAUAAAGAAAAGUUAUUUAUCUGC